AUGGCCAGCUCCCCGCCAGCCUCUCCUGGGAAUCAUCUGCCCCAAAGACCGAUGAGCGCAAUGGUGCGACCGACGCCGCGAAGCAAUAGCCGCUUGAGCAUGACGAGCAAACAUGGCGGUGGAAGCAAAGCCUCUGAUGAAGAUUCCCGAACGGCUGUCAAAGUCGCCGUGCGCGUUCGACCGCCUCUCAACCCGAACGACCCUGGCUACGAGCUGAUCCCUCAGCGUUUCCAGCGAUCCAUGGUUCAAGUCACGUCCAAUACGAGCUUAGCAAUCGACUCGCCGCAAGGAAGGAAGCUGUUCGUCUUUGACCGCGUCUUCGGUUCCGACGUCGACCAAGAGGGCAUCUGGGAAUACCUUAAUGAUUGCGUUUCUGCAUUCAUCCAGGGCUAUAAUGUUUCGCUUUUGGCGUACGGCCAGUCAGGAGCCGGAAAGUCGUACACAAUGGGCACUUCGGGCCCCAGCGAGCAGGGUGACGUUGAAAUGAUGGGUGUCAUCCCCAGAGCGGCGACGGCUUUGUUCGAAAAGCUCGAUGGAACGAAGAGACAAGCAAAUCGCGGCUCGAUGUCUCAACUUAGAACACCACACCGAUAUUCUGCGCAAGGAACCCAAUCGCCGGCCGAGAAGAACUGGUCCUUGAAAGCGACCUACCUCGAAAUCUACAACGAGCAGCUGCGCGACCUAUUGGUUCCGGACCAUGUUCCUCAGCAUGAGCGUGGCGCCGUCACAAUCCGUGAAGAUGUAAAGGGCAACAUCAUCCUGACUGGGCUGCGACAAGUCGAGAUCAAUUCAGUGGACGACCUUAUGAAUGCAUUGGAAUUUGGCUCGACCCUGCGACAGACAGAUGCCACGGCUAUCAACGCUAGGUCUUCCCGGUCACACGCCGUCUUCAGUCUCAACUUGGUGCAGCGGAAGAGCGGACUGCAAGGCUCAAAUGGGGCCGACAAGCGCUUCUCUGUGCCCAUCGAAGCUAUGACGGGAUCGGAGACCUGGGUCACCACAGAUAGCAAGCUCCAUUUCGUCGAUCUGGCAGGCAGCGAACGGCUUAAAAAUACUGGCGCGCAAGGCGACCGUGCCAAGGAAGGCAUUUCUAUCAACGCCGGCCUGGCUGCUCUCGGAAAGGUCAUCUCACAACUAUCGUCGCGACAAGCCGGAUCCCACGUCUCGUACCGUGACUCCAAGCUGACUCGUCUGCUGCAAGACUCGCUGGGUGGAAAUGCCAUCACUUAUAUGAUUGCCUGCGUGACGCCGGCAGAGUUCCAUCUGAGCGAAACACUAAACACCGUCCAAUAUGCGCAGAGGGCCCGAGCCAUCCAGAGCAAGCCCCGGAUCCAGCAGGUGGAGGAAGGUGACAAACAGGCCAUUAUCGAUCGUCUGAAGGCGGAGGUUGCAUUCCUUCGGGAACAAGUCCGCAGCGCGGAGCGAGGAGGGGGUGAGCGGCGUCUUGCCUCCACUGGCGAGCGGUCCGAGCGGCACAAUGAGCGGGAGAACGAGCUACAAAACCAGCUCCUAGACGUCCAGGAAAAUUACACGACCCUUAGCCAACGCCACGCGAAGCUUAUCGCUGAGAUGGCCAAGGCCCGUGACAACGAGGCGGCCGAGAACGACCAGCACGAAGAGUCGAUGGGCGACACUGCAACGGAGCGACUUAACCGUUCAAACUCCUUCGCCGCGGCAGUCGAACAGGUCGUGCUCGAAUACGAGAAGACAAUUCAGACACUCGAACAAUCGCUGUCUAGCACCCGCGGAACGCUUGCCAAUACCGAAGCGAGCUUGCUGGAGAAGGAGACCAAGUGCACCUACGUUGAAACUAUCAACACUCAACUGCAGGCGCGGUUGCAGAAGCUCAUGGAUCGCGAGGCGAGCACUGAAAACUAUCUUCACGACUUGGAGAACAAGCUAGACGGUCACACCUCCGGAGAAGAGAAAAACGCGACCAUCAUCAUGGAGCUGCGCAAGGAGAUUUCGCGGGUCAGGGAGAAUGAGGCAUCCUGCGAAGACUACAUUUCCACCCUGGAAGAGCGACUCGCCGAAGCAGACCAGGAUGCUGAGCUGAUGCAGCGUGAGAUUGACCGACUGGAGCAGGUGAUUGAGCGCCAGCGUAGUCUCGGAAAGUUGGAUUCUCUUCUUCAUGAAUUGGACCACAUUCAGGGAGACAGCAAGGUGCCUGAACCCACCAUGGAGACUUCCAACGGAGUCGUACGAUCUAAUAUCGACCACGGCCGAACCCAGUCACAAUCGCGAAUCAGCCGGAUGAGCCAAAACGAUGUCAUCCCAGAAAACGUGGAAGGAGAGGCGGCAGCGACAGCCGAGGCUACCCACUCUGCACAUGUCGCUAAGCAGAGCGGAAGUGACAUGAACGUUGAGACGCCCGAUGCCAAGGAGCAGAACCUCCAGGCCGACAGGAACGAUUACCCGCCACAGAGUCCUGCUCAAUCCAAAUUCGUCCAAGACAAAUUGGAGAACGUUACGCAGGAGCUUAUCGACUUGCGUGUCGAGCACGAAACCACCGUCAACGAGUACGACUUGCUGCACUCCAAAUACGAGGAGGCCUUGCGCACCUUGGCAGAACUCCAGGACGCUGUUGAUGAGUCCCGCCACCCUGAACGCAAAGUACGAGACUCUUUGAUGUCCGUCACUUCCCCGAACCAGACCAGACCCCCUUCGUUCUUCUCCGAUGCCAGGUCUAGUGGCCUGAAGGACGGCGGCCAAUUCUCGUCUCGCUCCCUUUCUUCCGAGCUGUCGUCUGCGCUGGAAUCGCCCGCCAUGAUUGACUCAACUGAUGCCGAAACGGCGGCUACUGUCAAGCCCGACUCUGACUUCGAGCCCGCGUCAACCGAGAACCUCAUGCACCAGGAUCUUCUGGUCACGGAAGUCGAGAGGUUCAGGGUCCUUGCCGCCGAGAAGGAAGGCGCAGAGAAAGAGCUCGCCGAGAGAUAUACUCAGCUAGAACAGAAGCACCACGAGGCUCUUGACAUGCUUGAGGAGCUCAAGACCGAAGUUGCACAGGCGAAGGCGAUGGAGGCAUCUUCGCCAAGGACCAACCAGCCUGUUAUCCGCCGCAAGUCUAGCCAGAACGUCAUGAUCAUUGACCGCGCCCACCGAUCCUUUGCCUCGCUUCGUAACAUCGCAGCGGAGAACUUCGAAGGCCAGCCUGAUGUCAUGCAGAACUUCGAGCUGAAUCUGAACGCUGCCAUGCACGAGUUGCACGCUCGAUCCGAGCGUAUACAGGAGCUUGAGGCUGACAUUGCUUCGGCUAAGAAAGAGAUGGAGACCAAGAUGGCCAUCAUUUCUGGUCUCACUCGGGAGAGAUCUAGCUUACAGGCUUCUCCGAUGGACAUGUCAAUGGUCUCUAAUCUGAAGAAUCAGCUUGAGGCGAACGAGAAGCAGAUGGCGGAGAUGAGGGAAGCUCACGAAGCUAGCGAGAAGAAGCUGAUGGCUGAGCUCGAGAGCCUGCGUGCGUCGGUCAGAGAGACACCUGCGGAAGACGCUGCUGCCCGCUCUGCACCGGAGGCCACAACAGAAAGUGCCACCGAGACUAUUGCCGCGACUGCCGCCGCCGUUGCUGUUGCUGACAUACCGGUAGCAUCCACUCAGGCGAUCGGUGCCGGACCCAAGGCUGCGCAGGCGACUGCAGACAACGACAAGAAGAUGACGGAGCUUCAAGCUGAACUCACCACAUGGGAAGCAAAGCACCAGACCGCUCUUGAUACCUUGCAGGAGACAGAGACCAAGAUGAAGAAGAAUAUUGAGGAGCUUGAAUCCGAAAUCGCGGCAUUGAACGCCAGAGCGGCCGAGCAGUCUUCUUCACACAGCCUCGAGGAGGUCAAGAGCAUAGAAGAGAGACACGAGACGCUCCUAAAGUCUCUUCGUGAAGAGAUUGAUGAGUACAAGCUGGCUAUCAACACCAAUGCUAGCAAGGUGUCCGAUCUGGAGGCUGCCCACGCCGCCGCCAAGACGGAGUUGGAAGAGGCCAUCAGGGCUCGCGACCUUCACGAGACUCAAGCCAAGACGCAGCAGAGCCUCAUUACUAAUCUUGAGAACCAGAUUGCGGCUCACGAGCAGGCGCUCAAGACCCACCAAGAUGGCAUGAAACUGCUACAGGAGAACCACGCCAAGGAACUGGAGGAGAUGAAGCAGAUGGAGCAGAAGGGAUAUGAAGAGCAAGUCGCCGUCCUACUCAACGAGCAUGCGGAGAACGUCAGAGCCCUUGAGGGCGAGCUCAACGAUGCCCGAGAAGACCUCCUGAAGGUCGCUACCCAGGUAGCAUUUGCCCUUGGUCUGGACGUCAGUAUCGAAAAGAUCACUGAGCGCAUUGACGAUCUGAUUGCCGACCAGAAGGCGCUUGGCGAGGAGCAGAAGAAAUCUAGCGAGGUUGAGAAGCAGGUUGUUGAGUUGUCAACCAUUAACGAAAACCUUCUCAGGGAGCUCGAGCAAGCCAAGUCUACCUUGACGGAUCUUUUAAGUGCCGAAGGCGAAGCUACAAAGAGCUCCGCCCCUCUGCCUGACCAGCUGUCUGCCAUUCGCAAAAAGAUUUCGGACCUGGAGAGUCGGAACAAGAAGAACUCCCGCCUUGUAGAGGAGCUCGAAGACCAACUUCAAAGCAACUUUGACGAAGUUCAAAUGACCAACAACCGUCUCUCAACAUUGCAGACGGAGCGCAACCAACAGAUCGAAGAAGCCCAGGCCGCCAAAUACAAAGCCGAAAAUGAACUCGACUCGCUCAGAGCCGAAUACGCAGCCCUUCAGGCUAAGAUCGACGAGGCUUCGGGUUCUGGCCAGGUUCAACGGUCGAACUCUGUCAACUCGCCGCUUCGCAAGAGUGCUUCUGUGUCCUCGCUUCCCUCGCCGCCGCCGGCUAUUCCCUUGCCUCCGCUGCCAGGGGCCGGAAAUAAUACUUCUGGUCCCAACGGAGCUGUGCCAAACACUCCCACCCAGGGCGGCCGACCUGGCAGCAAGGACAACAUGGGCUCAGUCAAUCAGAUACAGGAGGAUCAAGAGGCUCGCAUUCGCACCAUCGAGAAACACCUCCAGGCCGAGAAGCAACUUACUCAAACUCUGGAGGAGGCUCUUACGGACCUCGAGCGUCAAUCCAACAAGGUCAAGGCCGACAGCGACGCUUGGCGCAAGCGCUGCACGGAGCUGGAAGCCGAGAUCAAGGAACUCAAGGAUCGCCCUGCACCUACGCCGCAGCCCGACAACCGCUGGAGCUUGCAUGCCGUCGAAGAGGAGCGUAAGAAGCGCCAGGCUGCCGAGGCGCAACAGCGUCUUCUCGAGGAGCGCAUGAACGCUUUGUCCAAGAAGAAGAAGAAGGGGUCCCUCAACUGCUUCUAG